GCGUGCACGGCCUCGUUGUGCACCGCGGCGCGUAAUGCACCAACAUCAACAUUGACGCGUACUUUGUAACCCCCUAUAACUCAACACCACGAUGCCGCUGGAAGAAGCCCUUGCAGAGCUAAAUACUUUAGGCCCUACUGAAGACUUUUCGUACAGAAAGCUUGCCGAAAAACACAGUUGUUGUCACACAACAUUAAUCCGCAGGCACAAGGGCAAAUGCGCGUCGCGUAAAGCCAAGGCAGAACACCAGAUGGUUCUCCACCCACGCAAUGAAGUAGAGGUUGUGCAGUACAUCAAAUCGCUCACAGAGAGACACCUCAUGCCUACAAGAAAGAUUCUUGUCAGAAUAAUCAAGUCGUUGUGCAAGUGGGAGCCCUCCGAUCGAUGGGUCACGCGCUUCCUUCAUCGCUACCCUGACGACCUUCUCACAGCCUGGAGCGCGCCUAUGGAAAAGCAGCGCCACGACGCUGCUUCAUACGAUUCCUUUCGCUCAUACUUUGAUCUGCUGCACAGUACCAUUAAGCAGCAUUCAAUACAGCCAGAGAACACGUACAAUAUGGAUGAGAAGGGAUUCAUGAUUAGAGUGAUGAGCAAGGGCGUCAGAAUCUUCAAUAAGCAGCUCUUUAGACUCCAGAAAUACAAGCUAGCAUCUCAUGAUAGCAACAGGAAGUAGGUGACAGUGGUAGGAGCAGUAGGAGCUGAUGGUUUUACGUUGCCGCCCACAGUCAUUUAUCCUUCAUCGUCUCUCCAGAUGCAAGAGAGCUGGGUGCAGCGCGUUAAGGCCAAAAAACAC